AUGGCUCCGGCAAACACCGUCACCACGUCCUACCUCUUGGGCAACCUUCACUGCCCGUCAUGUGUAGCCCUCAUCAAGAGUCUCCUGCACGACGAGUACGCCGACAGGGUCCUCUGGGUCUCGCCAAACGUCGUCACCUCGGUCGUCACCGUCGAGCACGAGGACCCCACCGCCGACUUUAUCCGCGCCAUGGGCAAGACGCUGCAAGACGCCGGCUUCGACAUAUGCGGCGUCGACACCUCGGCUGCCGUCGAGGCCGACAUCGACUGCGUCUCUCCGCGAGAUGCCCGCCAGAAUUACGGAACCUUUGACAUAUGGUCCCGCCUCUGGCGCAACAAGACGCCCCCCGGCACUCCGAGCCCCGCCAUCGCCGCCGCCCAUCUGGAAAACUGCGAGGCGUGCAAGUCGGCUGUAGCCCAUGACCAGGACCACUUGUCCGAGAACCGCGUCCGCCUCGUCCGAACCCUGUCCUUUGCGUCUAGCAUCCAGAGGCAGACCUCGGCCGUGCCCUUUGACGGCGUCGUCGUCGACGGAGCUCCCUCGCCUCUGCUGCGCGCAACCGUGUCCGUUGGCGGCAUGACGUGCGCCGUCUGUGUAAACACAAUCACCAACGAGGUCCAGAAGCACCCCUGGAUCUCCAAGAUCACCGUCAAUCUCGUCUCCAACAGCGCCUCGGUCGACUUCACCGACCCCAGUCGCGCUAAAGACAUCGUCGAGGCCAUCUCGGAUCUCGGCUACGACGCCAUCCUCGACAAGGUCGUCGACCUCAACCAGCACAGGCAGUCGGCCGACGAGCGCGAGGUUGAGAUCAAGGUCGACGGCAUCUUCUGCCACCGCUGUCCCGACAGGAUCUGCCAGACUCUGAGAAACCUCGACUCCUCGCGCAUCGAGAUCCUCCAGGAACCGACGGUCAAGCAGCCCCGGCUCAGAGUCCGCUAUCUCCCAGAAGCCCCUCGCCUCACCAUCCGCCAUAUUCUCUCCGCCAUCGAGGCCACGGACCCAUCUCUGCACGCCUCCAUCCACCAUCCCCCGACGUUGGAGGAGCGGUCCAGGGCCAUUAGGGCAAAGCACCAGCGCGAGCUCCUCUAUCGCGAAAUCCUCACCAUCUUGAUCGCCAUCCCCUCGUUCAUCCUGGGCAUCGUCUACAUGAGCCUGGUUCCCUCAACAGACCCGACGAGGCGAUACCUGAUGGAGCCCUGGAAGUCGGGCCUGAGCCGUCUCGAAAUCAUCCUCUGCGUCCUCGCAACACCCGUCUAUUUCCUGGCCGCCGACGUCUUCCACGUGCGCGCUGUCAAGGAACUUCGAACGCUGUGGCGAGGAAACAGCCGCACGCCGCUGCUGGAGAGGUUCUACAAGUUUGGAAGCAUGAACAUGCUCAUCUCCCUGGGAACAAGCAUAGCGUACCUAUCGUCGGUUGCGCAGAUGAUUGCCGCGGCGAUCAACCAGGAAACACACGUGCCCGAGGGUCGCUUUUACUUUGACUCGGUCGUCUUCCUCACGCUCUUCUUGCUCGCAGGAAGGUUGAUUGAGGGCUACAGCAAGUCCAAGACUGGGAGUGCGGUCGAGGCGCUGGCCAAGCUUCGUCCCAGCACGGCGCUACUCAUCGAGCAAGACAGGCUGGGGAACCCGAAAACCACGGCCACCGAGAUUGAUCGACUGGAGCACGGUGACCUCAUCCGAAUCCCCAACGGCGCGUCGCCGGCCGCCGACGGCGUCAUUGUCACGGGCGAUACGAACUUUGACGAGUCGAGCCUCACGGGCGAGUCGCGUCCCAUCAAAAAGGGGCCCGGAGACAGCGUCUACGCGGGCACGAUAAACAAGGCUGACGCCAUCACGGUUCGCAUCACGGGCACCUGCGGCAAGUCGAUGCUUGACCAGAUUGUCGAGGUUGUCCGCGAGGGACAGACGAAGCGAGCCCCCGUGGAGCAAAUCGCGGACCUGAUGACGUCGUACUUUGUCCCCGUCGUGACCCUCAUCGCCGUCAUCACCUGGGCCGUGUGGAUGGCUCUUGCCUUUACCGGCCACGUCUCCGAUGAGGAGCUGAACAACUCCGGCGGACAGGCCGCGUUCGCCUUUCAAUUCGCCAUUGCCGUGUUUGUCGUCGCCUGCCCCUGUGGCCUGGCGCUUGCCGCGCCGACGGCCAUCUUUGUCGGCGGCGGCAUCGCAGCCAAGCACGGCGUCCUGGCCAAGGGCGGAGGCGAGGCGUUUGAAAAGGCGAGCAAGAUUGACUGCGUCGUCUUUGACAAGACGGGAACCCUCACCGAGGGCGGCGAGCCCCGCAUCACCGACUCGGCCCUGUUCCCGGACGGCGAGAUGGACGACGUUGUGGACGAGCGGACGCUGCUGUCGGGGCUCAAGGCGGCCGAGGAAAACAGCAGCCACCCAAUCGCCAAGGCCGUUGUCAGCUUUUGCGGCGCCGAGCUGGAGUCGGCCGCGCUGGGCAAGGUGGAAGAAUUACCGGGCAAGGGCAUCAAGGCCGCGUACAAGGACCGGCCACUCCAUGUCGCCGUGGGCAACGAGCACCUGAUGCGCGACCUGUCGGUCCCGCUAUCUCAACGCGCGACGAACCUUCUCCAAGGCUGGAAGAGCGAGGCCAAGUCGGUGGCGCUCGUCGGCGCCAAAGCUCGCGAGGGCAGCGCGUGGAAGCUGGCGGCCAUCAUGGCCGUCUCGGACCCAAUCCGGCCGGAGGCAAGGGCCGUGGUCCAGGCGCUGCGGGGUCGCGGGACGCAGGUCUGGAUGCUGUCGGGCGAUAACAUGACGACGGCGCAGGCGGUGGCGCAACGCGUCGGUAUCCCCUCGUCCAACGUGCUCGCCGAGGCGACGGUCCACGCGGAUGAGACGGGCAGGCGGCGGCGGCGAGGACACGGGUAUUCUACGCGGCGGGCCAUGGUGGCCAUGGUGGGGGACGGCAUCAACGACUCGCCGGCGCUGACGACGGCGGACGUGGGCAUCGCCAUUGGGUCCGGGAGCGACGUGGCGAUAUCAAGCGCCGACUUUGUGCUGGCGACGUCGAGCCUGUCGGCGGUGCUGACGCUGCUGGAGCUCAGCCGGGUCGUGUUCCGGCGCAUCAAGGUCAACUUUGGCUGGGCCGUCGUCUACAACAUGCUGGCGGUGCCCAUUGCGGCGGGAUGCCUGUACGCGGUGCGCACGCGGGGCGGGGGCCACGUUCGGCUGGACCCGGUAUGGGCGGCGCUUGCCAUGGCGCUGUCGAGCAUCAGCGUGGUUCUGAGCAGCCUGAGCCUGCGGAUCAAGAUUCCGUGGGUGGGGUUCCGGCCCAAGACUAUGGUUGCGGAGCCCCGAUAG